GGGCUCUCUUGACUGAUUCUUUACAAUGCCGGAAGAAAAAUAAGACGUCCACGUGGUUCGAAAACAGCACAGAAAGGGAUAAGGGGGUCUCUGUCGCUAAAACAGUACUUGCAUAGUGAAGCAUUAUGGGUAAGAUGGCAAGAAAAGCAGCACCAGAGAAGCGUACAGCCGACGCGCACCGACUGAAGCGUAACAUCCAGAAAGGGAAGUCAACUGCCAAGAAUAGAAAGCCGUCCAAGGAAGUGAAGAGGGGUGCUUCUGCGUUGCUUAAAGGUGAUCAAGUGUUGCAAGCAGUGGGAAAGAGAUCAAAACUGAAAUUGCAAGAAGCUUUUCUCAAUGAAAGUAAAGAUGUAGUCGUUCGCAAGAGGAGACGUGGUACUGGUACUUCAUCUAAGAAAGGAAAUUUGGAAGUUAAGGCUAAGAAGACAAGAAAAAUGACGCAUUCUAAGAAAGUUCUCCUCUCAGGAAAUCUUCUUGGGAAAGACAAUCCGAAUGCAUCUGUCGGAUGUAUCUGGGAGGUCAACCCUUCAUCAAGCGACACAGAGUUGAAAGAUUCUACUCCAACAUCCCCAAAAGAUCACAAGAAGGCCACAGUUGCGAAGGUGUCUGCCAAGUCUGAGAAAACAGCAAUUCACGAUUCUCCAUCCAUCACCGUCGUGGACCUAGGCACAGAUUUCAGAUCCGGCAUUCGACAGACUGUAAGCCUCGCCCAAACAAAGAGAGGAAAACGGAAGAAGAACAGGGAAUCGUUUCCAAGGUCCCACCAACGAGGAGAGGACGUGCAACCUGAAACAAGAAAGUUAUGGACUUCAAUGGAAGACGUCUUUGUGCAAGGAGACAAACAUGAAGGUUACGUGUCUGAGGAAAAGCCAAUGCAAAGUGUGUUCAUCGUUGAUCUUGGUGUUAACCAAUCACGUGGCGAUUGCAGUAACACUUCACCAAGUCUUAAAAAAUCUUCAAAGAGCAGAUUAAAUGCCAAGCCGACAUCUGAGAUUGUUUCUGCCGAAGCGUCUGGGAAGGGUUUCGAAUCCAUCAGUAAUGGUUUGAAGCAACACAAAGAUCAAAUUCAAACAGAUGAAAAAGCUAUCCAAGACAUAGGAAAUGCUACAUGUACCCCUAAGAAGGGAGUGGCAAAACGAAAAGAGAAAAGGACGUCUUCCAAGAAAGCUGUUAAGAAAUUGAAAAGGGGGCAUCGUCUUGAAAACAACUCUCCGAGCGAGGAAGAUAAUGAGGCAGGGGCUUCUUCCAGUCCCAUGAAGGAAGCAACGAAGAGAAAGACAAAAGCAAAAGAGGACAUUUCUGAAGGAAGUCUGAUGCAAAAGACAGCAAAAUUUUCCAAGACAAAAACUGGUCAGAAAGAAGAAGAAAAUGACCGACAAGAUGGAGACAAACAAGAUGGCGUUGUUCACAGUGAUUCCAGUCACGGCCAGUCGGUUGCGAACAACCAACCAGGAACUGCCGAAAAUUCACCGGAUGCCAUUCAUUUGGAACCAGCUUUUAAUGCAACCACAGAGGAUGCUGUUGACUUAGAAGAUGACAAUGGUCGAUCUUCUGAGAGCCCCAUGGAUGAGAGAGAAGCUGACGAUGAUGCAAGUCCUGUCGAUCAGCCCCUUGAAAUGGAGAUGCAGUUUACUGACAAAGUCCAAAACCAGCCGUCCUACAGAAUCAUCAAGCUUUUAAAAAGUGACCAAUGCCUCCUGCUGCUGCCACACCCAAGCAAGUUUAGUUUCCAUGGCCGAGCACUGGUCCGCGCCCUUCAUGGCAGCGUCACAGUUCUCGGUUUUCCAAUCUCAGCCGAUGCGGACCCCACCUUUUACCCGCUGUAUUCCCCAAGUAGCUCUUGCGCACUCUGCUUGGAGACGUUGCAUGGUUGCCUUGGCAACAUGGGUGAGACUUCAUCCCGGAGCCUAACGGAGAGUCUUGAGGCAUUCUUGGGAGCAGAAGACGAAACGACGGUAGCUUCAAGUCUUCAGGGUCUGGAGGAGUUUACAAUCGCCCUCAUCCUCAAGAAAAUGCCAGAGGACCACGUCGUUGCAUACGUGGAAAGCUUUCCUGGAUUUGGGAAUCUGUUCAGUAGUCCGGAACCCAAAGAGUACACCCAGCCAGACGAAUCUUGGAGCUCCAAUCUUUCAGCAGCUGCAACCGUGGGGAUUCAACCCACUGCCCCCAACACUCCCGGCACAGUGUUUAGCACCCUCCCCGGCUACCGGACUGUCACCCAGUCAUUAAACGCCUGGCAUCGUGCCAGUCAUUUCCCCACGGUGGUGCUGGUUUGUGGCUGGAAGAACACCGGAAAGUCGACCCUCUGCCGCUACCUGACAAAUUCAGUCCUCUCCAGUGUGGAAAGUGUUUGCUAUCUGGAAUGUGACAUGGCACAGACGGAGUUCACAGCACCGGGCAUACUGUCACUCCAGUGCAUCUCACAACCGUUACUAGGUCCGCCCUUCACACACUCCAGAAAAGCCGAAAAGAUGUGUUUCUAUGGCGAUGUGAAUGUCCGUGGCGAUCCUGAGUCCUAUCUUCAGAUGGUCAAAUAUUUGUACCAGCAGUACCAGACGAGACAUGCAGACAAGCCACUCAUUAUUAACACCAUGGGGUGGAUGCAAGGCCUCGGACUUCAGUUGCUGAUUGACAUCAUCCACAUCACCCGGCCGACUCACAUCGUCCAGCUGUGGUCUCGCAUCCAGCCCCGCCUCAUCCAACGACUGACUCCAGAGUUUCUUGAGCAGACUGAGGGCUGGUGGCACCGUCCAGCUGAUGACAGGAGUGAUGGGAAUGACAAGGGCAGAGACGGGGCACUCUGUCCCCAUAUACUGGAGGUUGAUGUGCCAAAUGUUGGUGACCAGGCAGGCACCAAGUUCAAGGCAUCGGACCACCGGACCAUGGCCCUGCUGGCUUGUUUGAGCAAACUACAGCCCUCGCCAAUGUCCCCUGCACCAGUUGCCCUGUCGUCUCUGACCCCAUUGGUGUUACCAUGGAAAUCUGUUGCCGUGCAUGUGACCAACGGCCACGUCUCGCCAAGGCAGGUCAUGUAUGCACUGAACGGGUGCAUUGUGGGAUUGUGCUGUGCUGAUCCGUCUUUGAUGAGGUCUAUCUCUCCAGAUCUCCCGAGAGUGUUUGACUCCACCCCUGUGUGUAACUGUCUUGGAUUAGGUAUCAUCAGAGGAAUUGACCCUGUUCAGAAACUCUUCUACGUCCUGACGGGAGUGUCCCAGGAUGCAUUGCAAGAGGUCAACACACUUCUCAAGGCACUCACCCUACCCCAACCACUUUUGACACAGGGUCAUUGUGUCAAAGAUGUUCCAUACCUCUCUCGUGAGUUCUCAUCAGUAGUCAUUGGUUCUAGUGCAAUCAAAGUACGUCGGAAUAUCAAGCAACGAGGGCGGUAAAGUCGAGACAAAUUCUGACCGAUCUAGGAGCCUACAGUUCUGCUGAAAGAUUAGACGUUUUCAAAAAGCAGUUUCAUGAUAUUUGUCUUAUCCAGAAGUGUUAAUAAGUUAAUUCCAAAUAUGUUGGGAGCUUAUAUCAGCUUUUAUCAAGACUUUUUGUCAAGUACUGCAUUGUCUUCUUUUUCCCCCUUUUUUUUUUAAUUUCAUUUGUGACAAAGAUGUCAGAAUAUCACUGUAAACAGGAAUUUAAUAUUUAUUCACAAGAUGAUUAAAUAUAACAAUUUUAUGAAUUCACACCAUUCUCAACUAUAGUUCCUGGUAAUUUAUGUUUAAAAACAUAAAUUUAAAUGUACUGCAUGUAUUCAAAGGUAUUCAUCAAAGAUUUUGUUGUUAAAAUUGGUAGCGCCUGCCUUUCCAUCCUAAAAUCAAAUUAUGUUGUAUAUUGUGAUGACAAUAAAACUGAGGCUCCCCAUC